GCUUGUUGUCUAACAGGAAGUCGUGAUUGUAGACCGUGAGGCAGAAUUGUCACGUGUAGUUUCUCAAAAUGCUGCGACGGGAAGUGAGACUGAGGAAGGAAUACCUGUACAGGAAAGCCCAGGAGGACAGACUGCGCACUAUUGAAGAGAAAAAACAGAAGCUCAAGUCUGCUUUAGAUGAAAAUCGUCUGUUACCUACUGAGGUUCGAAAAGAGGCAUUAGAAGUACAGAAACUCUUGGAGUUCGAUGAUGAGGGUGGAGAAGGUGUUAGUUCUCAUAUGGAUGAUGAGUACAAGUGGGCAGGAGUGGAAGACCCCAAAAUUAUGGUUACAACAUCCAGAGACCCCAGCUCCAGACUCAAGAUGUUUGCCAAAGAAAUGAAGCUAAUGUUUCCGGGGGCCCAGCGUAUGAACAGAGGAAACCAUGAAGUUAAAACUUUAGUACAUGCGUGCAAAUCUAAUAAUGUCACUGAUCUUGUUAUAGUUCAUGAGACCAGAGGUCAGCCAGAUGGAUUGGUGGUGUGUCACCUUCCUUUUGGGCCAACAGCCUACUUUACCAUGUAUAAUGUGGUAAUGAGACAUGAUGUUCCAGACAUUGGCACCAUGUCCGAAGCCUACCCUCACCUCAUCUUCCACAACUUCACAUCACGUCUUGGACGAAGAGUGUCCAACAUUCUAAAGUAUCUGUUCCCUGUACCCAAAGAGGAUAGCAGACGUGUUAUUACGUUCGCAAACACAGAUGAUUACAUCUCUUUCAGACACCACACUUACAAGAAAACUGAUCACAAGAACGUUGAGUUGACAGAAGUUGGACCUAGGUUUGAAAUGAAAUUGUACAUGAUUAAGCUGGGCACGCUAGAGAAUGAGAGUACUGCAGAUGUUGAAUGGCGACACCACCCUUACACACGCACUGCCAAAAAGAGGAAAUUCUUGAGCGUGGAAUAGGCAAAUGUUUCUUCAGAAACCAGUUUUGUCAACAUGGACAUUUUAUUUUCAACUGCACAGUGGUCUUUUUCCAUUUAAUCGUGACAUUUAAAACAGAGAAAUUGAUUUCAAUACAAAGAUAUUGUUUGCUUGUCUACACUUCCCCAAAAUAAAUCUUUUGUACAGAGG